AGCCGCCUUGCUCAAAAUUUUGAAAUACCAGCGUUGGGUCGUCCGUGCCAGCUAGGAGCCUUUCCCCCGCCCGCCAUGCCCGUUUGCAGCGGAUGCUUCCACUUCCUGAGGCCCAAGAACUUCGCUCCAGACUCAGCGCCGCUGCGGUUCAACAAACCGGUGUCCAACUUCGAGGAGGCCCUCCGCCUCGAGCGCGCCAACUCUGGCAGCUUCGUGCCCUCCCCGGGCCGCGACCGCGUGGCUUCCUUCAGCUGGGCCUCGCCGGCGCCGCGGCCCACUGCAGGUCAGGACAUGGCGAGGGAGAAGUCCGUGGACUUCGACCUGUGCGUGGAGGAGCUGGACGCGCCGCCGCCGCUCACCGUGGACACCGACCAGAGCCAGAGGAGCGGGCCGCAGCGCGCGCGGGCGCGGUCGAACUUCGAGGUGGAGCAGCUCGUCAUGUCCCCUGGCAACCUGCCGAGGCCAAUGACGGCGCAGCAGAGGGAGGACGACGCGCUGCGGACGCUCCAGCCGACCUCCACCUACCAGAUGCUGGCGAAGGUCCCGCCGGAGCUGCUCGAGCGAGGCGAUGAGGAGGGCCAGAAGCUGCGAAGGCAGUUGGCGCGCGGGUCCACAAUGGUCUUCAUAUGCGCCGGGCUCCAGGGCAAGAGGUUCACUUUCGAACGCGCCGCGGCUUUGGGUAUCAAGUGCGUGGUGAUCGAGCAUCCAGGCUCGUGGGCAGAGAGCCUCGUGACCGAGGGCAUCGUCGCGAAGUUUUUGCCCGUGGACAUGAGCCAGAGCUCGGAGGAGAUUUUCUUUCAGGCACAGAAGCACAUCAAGUCCCUGGGCAGCGACGGGAAGACGGGCACGGCCGACGGCAUCUGCACGUUCGUGGAGCUCUCCGUGCCCAUGGUCGCCAGGCUCUGCGAGUCCCUCGGGCUCCCCGGCCACCUGCCCGCCUCUGUGGACUGCGCCAGGACCCUGAACAAGCACGCGACGCGGGCCGCGCUGAAGGAGGCUGGUCUUCCGACGCCGAAGAACCACCUGAUCGUCACGGAGGCCGACGUGGCCGUCGGCGCAGCGAAGGUCGGCUUCCCUGCGGUCUUGAAGCCCGUCAGCGGGGCGGCGUCCUUGGGAGUCAAGAAGGUGGAGUCUCUUGCAGAUAUGAGGAAGACUUGGCACGAGAUUGUGACCGAGCUGAAGACACUGGUGGUGAGCAGCGGUGCGCUCAUCAAGGGCGGCCCUGACAGCGGUGGUGUCCAGGCGGACAACGUCGACCUGACCGUGUUGAUGGAGCAGUACCUCGACGGUCCCGAGGUGGACGUUGACGUGGUCAUGUCCAACGGUGAGCACGUGUACGCCGGCGUGUCUGACAAUGGUCCCACUUUGGAGCCCUACUUCAACGAGACGUGGGCGGUGGCGCCCUCCAUGCUCCCAAAAGAGCAGCAGGUCGCCCUAAGGGACCUCUCCGUGAACAUCGUGAAGGCAAUGGGCUUCACUUCCGGAGUCUUCCACGUGGAGUGCAAGUACACGAGCUCUGGCCCGCAGCUCAUCGAGGUGAACGCCCGCAUGGGAGGCGGCCAGGUCCACGAGUGCAACUGGAGGACCUGGGGAGUGGAGCUCGUGGAGGAGACCCUCUUCGCGGCCCUGGGCAUCCCCGCGCGCCCGCCGGUCCCGAAGGCGCCCCUGACUGCCGUGGCCUACUGCUACGUCAACGCGGAGCGGUCCGGCACCGCAGGCGACCUGAAGGCCCUGGGGGAGCUCGUGAAGCGGGACAGGGUCGUGUGGGCGAAGCCCCUCGUGAAGCCUGGCGACAAGGUCGUUGGCCCAGCCGACGGGCUCCCCUCGUGGCUCGCCGACCUCUUCGUUGAGGGCAGGUCGCCCAAGGAGGCCCUGGACUUCUUGCUCGCGUUGCAGGCCGAGCAGCCGGUCAAGGUCCUCUAGAGGCCUUUUCGGAGCCUUGUGGGCGCCGCUCGGCCGAGCAGGCGCCCACCCGACGCUCGGGAGGGCCACGGGCCCCCCCGCCACAUUCGGGCGCGUGGAGCCCGCGGGCGUGCAGUUGGUGCAGGUCUUCCAGAAUCCAGUGCCUCGAGGAACGAAAAACAGCACAAGCAUAAAUGUUCGGAGCUCCGCACGGGUGUCUUGGGUGGCCAGCGCGGAUCUAAGAAAUCCACCCGGAGCUCCGAACGGUUAUGCUUACGCAGUUGUUUUUUAUUCUUCUCCAGAGCCUGGGGCGAAGCUUUGGGCGCCCACGUGCUCGUGAGUCCCGAGGUGGGGCUAAUACAUAACCACCGCCUGGGUGUUCGAUCUGCGGGGACCUCGCAGGCGGCCUGGGGCCCAAAUACAUUCACCUCCAUCGCCUGAAUUGUGGUCCCAGGAAGUUGCCUCCUCAGGCCGUGGCUGUGGACAAAUGGCCUCCUGGCAUCAGCCGGGGCGGAGCCCCGAUCUGUAGCGUAUACCCGCCCGCCAGUAGGACAGGGUUCGGCGAAAAUGUGCGGUCCCACUCUGUCCACUCUUCCCGCUCCUCGUGUGCGGCGUGUGCCCCGUCGGCCCCUUGCUCCUCGUAGGGGUCCGUGGGAGGCUGGAGGCCCGGGAGGGGCCGCGGGAGGGGCCGCUGCAGGUUCUUCAUG